CACACAUAGCGAUUGUGCAUACAGACAAAUUAAUGUUAUUUGGUUUUACAUAAAGCUUAUUAAUAAGUAAACCUUAAAUUAGAUCCUUAACUGACAUGAGUAGUCUGAUUGGUGCUUAUACGACGAGUGCUACGGUGGUUGGGCUGCAGUUCGAUAGAAAAAGCAUACCGAUGAACAAACUAGUGGCCACCACGUUAGAGUCAAAAAUCUAUUGCUUUGACGUGCGGACGCACCAUCCCAAAAAGGGUUUCGCUUACGUCACAGAGAAAUCCCAUGACUCCACGGUGUGGUCCGUAAAGCAUCUGCCGCAAAACAGGGAAGUAUUCAUGACCACUGGAGGUUCUGGAUCUCUGUGUUUGUGGAAAUACAAUUACCCAUUGAAGACGGUUGAAAAGGAUUCAGAUGGAUUGAGCUAUGGUGUGGCAGGUGAAAUGAAUCUGAUACAGAACUGCACCUUAACAGAACAUCCAAUUACAUCGUUUGAUUGGUGCGUCGAUAAGAUCGGGCUAGCUGUUUGUUCGUCUUUCGAUCAAUCUAUACGAGUUCUUAUCACCACAAAGCUUCAUCAGUAUUGACAGCCAAGACUUAAUGAUAUUAUAUGUUUAUAUUAUUGAAUAUGAAUGAAAUAAAGGUUUUUCUGUUUGUGUA